AUGGCUCCUCCUACUCCUAUAAUUCCAACUUCAAAAGCUCUUGUUGUCGGUCCUCCAACACUGCUCACAAGAAGAUUAAUGGCUUCCAACUCCAACGGUGACAUGGCCAAGAAGAUAUCCAUCUCCCCUAUUUGCUCCUCCUUCUCUUCCUACGAUGAUCCCUGCCAUGAUCUGUUUUUCCAGGUGACACGACCAGAAACACGCAGCGAUGAAGAGACGACCCAGCAGCAGCAGCAGCAGAACCAGGCGUCCCUUAACUACCUGAAGACACUGCUGCCGGUGGCCUGGUCCCACAAUCCCCUAACCACCCUCAAGCUCAUCUUCAAUCUCCAUGCUAUUCCUAGCAGCGGAAAAUGUUAUCCGGAAGGCUUCUACACGGCUGUGUUUUGGCUCCACCAGAAGCACCCCAAGACGCUAUUAUGCAACCUCCCCUCCAUUGCUGAUUCGUUCGGGGGUUUGUAUGUGUUAGGCCGUUAUCCUAAUUAUGAUUGCAUAUAA